UGAAACGGCCUCUCCAAUCUCCGUCCUCUCAUCUCCUAAUAUUCUCCAAUUAUCGCCUUAAUCAAUCAAUUGUUUUUCUUCUUUCUCCUACAAUGAGCAGAUCGCGACAGCCUUUCGCCUGUUCCGAAUCUUCAUCUUCGUGAGUUAUUCGAUGCUUAAAACAAUCCAGAGGAAGAACCUAUACUCUUCCCCCAACGCCAAUUAUCGACCACCUGUGCUCUUCAACCGCCAUCUACUUUUGCAGCUCAACAACCAUUGACGACGAUGCUAUGUUUUGCUUCACUAAUUUCAGGUUUCGAUUAAGUUGAUUUUCAAUGUGCAUUUCAGAUUCCCGCUUAUUCUGGUUUGCCGUAUCUCUUCAUUUGACCAAUCAGUCAAGCCGUCUUUCACUCCAAUCAUAUCCGAAGCCAAUCCAAAUAUAUCUGUUCUUGAACUACCCUGAUUGAUCUGCUCGCGUACCCAACUCUGUAUCUCCAUCUAUUUCGACUGCGAGAGAGGCCUUCCGAACCCUAGGCAGCUCGUGCAGAGCCAUGAACCACUUUCACAUCUACGAAGCUAUUGGUCGCGGCAAAUACUCCACCGUGUACAAAGGGAGAAAGAGGAAAACCAUAGAGUAUUUCGCAAUUAAGAGCGCGGACAAAUCGCAGAAGAGCAAGGUUCUUCAAGAAGUGAGGAUUCUUCACUCUCUAGAUCAUCCAAAUGUACUAAAAUUUUAUUCAUGGUAUGAAACCUCUGCGCAUUUGUGGUUAGUUUUGGAAUACUGUGUUGGUGGAGAUCUCAUGACCUUAUUACGGCAGGAUGGUAAACUGCCUGAAGAGUCAAUUCAUGAUCUUGCCCACGACCUUCUUAGAGCUUUACAAUAUGUGCAUUCAAAGGGAAUAAUAUAUUGUGACUUGAAGCCAUCGAACAUCCUGUUAGAUGAGAAUGGACAUAUAAAGCUAUGUGAUUUUGGAUUGGCAAGAAAAUUGGAUGAUAUAUCAAAAGCUCCUACUUCCACGUUGCCGCAAGCAAAACGUGGAUCACCAUCCUAUAUGGCUCCUGAGUUGUUUGAGGAUGGAGGAGUCCAUUCUUUUGCAUCUGAUUUUUGGGCACUUGGUUGUGUACUAUAUGAAUGUUACAUCGGGAGGCCUCCCUUCGUAGGUAGAGAGUUUACUCAGCUGGUAAAAUCCAUCCUUUCAGAUCCAACUCCUUCCCUUCCAGGAAAUCCAAGUCGUUGUUUUAUCAAUCUUAUCAAUUCUCUUCUAGUGAAAGAUCCAGCUCAAAGAAUACAGUGGCAUGAUCUUUGUAGUCAUGCAUUCUGGAGAACCAAAUUGACUCCGGUUCCAUUGCCAUCUCAGCCUGCUUUUGACAGCAUGAUAAGUUUACAUACUAAUCCAUGCCUAUUGGAACAUAAUGGUAGCAGACCAAACAAGACCCCUCCUAAGUAUCGUGAGAAAGAUGCAAAAAGAGUUCAUAAGCAGGAAGAGAACUCUAAUUUAGGAUUAAAAGUUCAUGAGACACCAGUCAAGGGUACACCAGCUGGCCAUAAAACACAAACAAAGAAUUCUGGCAGGAUUGAGGAGAAGCAGAGAGAUCCUUCAACUGCUACUAAACGUGUAAAUCUUUUAAGGUUGUCAAGAAUAGCAAAAACAAACUUACAAAGGGAAAAUGAGAAGGAAAACUACCGGAGGCCUUUACCCAAUAACUCCGAGAAUGCUGCUGAAGUUCAAAUUGAAAACACUGAUAUGGAGCUUGAUUUUAACGAAGACAUUGAAGAUGAGACACCCGAUGAAUCAGAUGGGCUUGAUAACAUCCCUGAAGAAAAAUUAUCUAGUCAGGUAAAAGCGGAAGUGACAGAUAAUAACAUGCGAGUAGAUAACACACCUGCAAGUAAUAUGCCUGCCAUAGAUGAGUCAAGAACACAUGAUGAGGAAUCAUCUUCUGAACAUGUUGAAGUGCCUGCUACCCCACCAAGUGUUAGUCCUCAACUCAAAGUUCAUAGAGUUAAAGAAGGCGCAGGGUCUGCUUUUGAUUCUGAUUCUUCAAAAUCAUCUAAUAACCUUUCGGAGGUCCUUUGGCAUCUAUCUGAUCUUGCAGUAAGACCUGUAAUGCCCAGCAGGAAAGCUAAUAAAACAUCAGAUAUCAUUCCUUCACUUCCAUUUGAGGCACUGCAAGCAUCAGACUUUGUGAAGAUGUCAAAGGAGCAACUGGAUGUACUUAACAAUAAGAUUAUAACGAUUUUUAAUGGGAGCAGUUCAAGCAUUUCAGAGAAGCAAAAUAUAAUUAGAUAUCUUGAGAUGUUGAGUAGUAAUGCUGAUGCAGCCAAUAUCUUGACCAAUGGGCCUAUAAUGCUUGUACUUGUUAAAAUGCUCCGCUUAUCUAAGACUUCAACUUUGCGUGUUCAGCUAGCUUCUCUGAUUGGGUUGUUAAUCAGACAUUCUACGUUCAUUGAAGAUGACUUGGCAAAUUCUGGCAUUUUAGGUUCACUUACUGAUGGUCUUAGAGAUAAGCAAGAAAAGGUAAGGAGGUUUUCUAUGGCAGCUUUGGGUGAGUUACUAUUCUAUAUUUCUACUCAGAAUGAUCAAAACAGAGAUCUUAAACCAUCAGAAUCUCCAUCCAAGGACAGCAGGUCUACAUCUGGUUGGCAGGUUUCAAAUUCUUUAAUUUCUCUGAUAUCAUCAGUUUUACGAAAAGGAGAAGAUGAUAUGACUCAACUAUAUGCAUUGAGGACUAUCGAAAAUGUUUGUAGUCAAGGGGGACACUGGGCAGCUCGUUUCACUAGCCAAGAUGUGAUAAAUAACCUGUGUUACAUAUACAGAGCAACUGGAAAACAGGAGAGCAUGAGGCUAACUUCUGGGUCAUGUUUGGUUCGGCUUGUUCGUUUCAAUCCUUCUAGCAUUCCUUCAGUUAUAGAGAAACUUUCAUCCAAGGAGAUAGCAUCUGCCCUUGUCAAGUGCAGUCCUCGAGAGCAGCAAGUCUGCUUGAACCUCCUAAACAUGGCCAUAUUAGGAAACCAUUCAAAUGUUGGAAGGUACCUUGCACCUUUGGCAGAGGACCGAAAUCUGGUACCUGGUCUUGUGUCUCUUAUUGAGCAAGGAAGUGAGAUUUUGAGAGGAAAGACACUUCUUUUUGUAGCCCUCCUUUGUAAAAAUGGUAGGAGGUGGUUGUCACACUUCUUUUGCAAUGCAAGAUUACUUUCUACAGUGGACAGAUUGUCAAAAGAGAAAGACAGAUACUUGCAGCAGUGUUUAGAUGCAUUUGUGCAUGUUGUUGCAUCUACAGUGCCAGUUUUUCUUGAUGCUAUAACUGGGGAUAUUCAACAGAUGAUUGGAGGAAGGCGUCAAGGGCAGAUAUCUGCAGUUAAUACUCGAGCUACUUUGAAGGCUAACAUUCAUUUGUUUCCUGUUGUUCUCCAUCUACUUGGGAGCUCAUCCUUCAAGAACAGAGUGGUGACUCACCAGGUCCUGCAGCAGUUAGCAAAUCUCAUGAAAGUUGUUGAGGCUCCAUUCCAGGGCAGGGAUGACUUCCAGAUAACCCUUCUUCGAGUGCUAGAGUGUGUCGCAGAGGAAACUCAUGUAGUUCUCCAAAAGCCUGAUAUUUUUAUUCGUGAAAUUCUCCCUAGUCUUGCUGUUCUGUAUAAGGGGAAUAAGGAUGGCGACGCCAGAUUUUUGUGUCUUAAAAUUUUAUUUGAUGUGAUGAUCAUUUUCUUAAACGAACCUUUCGAAAAUGAGGAAAGAUCAGAAGAUUUGAAAUCCAUAUCGAACUCUCAUUUCCUUCCUCUCUACCCCAACUUAAUUGAAGACGAAGAUCCCAUCCCCAUCUAUGCGCAGAAGCUUCUUGUGAUGCUCAUUGAGUUUAAGUACAUCAACAUUCCUGACAUUCUUCAACUGAAAACCGUCUCACAAUGCUUUGAGUUUCUGCUUGGUGAUUUGUCAACCGCAAAUGUAAGCGAUGUUAAGCUGUGUCUGGCUCUGGCGUCUGCUCCCGAGAUGGAAUCAAAACUACUUUCUCAACUGAAAGUGGUUAGGAAGAUUGGGAAUCUUCUAGAGUUUGUAUAUGCAAAGGAUAUGGAAGAUUUUCUGGAACCUACUCUUGGUCUCUGUAGGGCUUUUCUUCUACGUUCCAUUGGCAGUAGAAAGGGGUUCAACUACAUUAAAGAACCAGUGCUCCUAUGUGAUGGUUCUUCCGAGGCAAGUAAUGCAGUUGACCAGCAGCAAGGCAUAAGAGACAUAAUGGACUUUGCUAGUAAUGUUGGGGUCUUACUAGAGUUAAGUGGGUCUCAAGAAGCAAAUAUUGCAGAAAUGGCUUCCGAAUGCCUGGUAAUGUUGCUGAAGGCAGCUCCAAGGGAGGCCGCAACUGGGUUUCUAACCAAUCUUCCAAAGGUUAGGGCUAUCCUAGAAUCGUGGAACAAGGGAGUUUCAAACUCACUUUUGCAGCGGCUGCUGGAUUCUAUUGGGUACUCCUGUAGACAGUAUUUGUCACACGCAAUUAUUUUAUCGAUAUCUGUACCGGACAUUUCAAGGAUUGAAGCCAUAAUUGCUGAGAUGAAAAAUUCUAACCUACCUGGUUUAUCGGAUAUUGCCCAGCUCGUGUCCUCAUAUUUGCAGCGGCUGCCUCGUUGUUUUUGAAGCCUCUAAGUUAAUAUGAAAUUCAGUUGAAUUUUCAAAGCUCAUGAAAGAAAUAUCUCUUGGAUCCCAAAUAGAUGGUCAAUCCCGAACUUUAAGGUGAGUAAAAUCUUUUAUACACAAUGCUAAUUGCUCAUGUUCUCAUGGCAUCUGGUUGUAUAAUCUAUGUAUUCUUCCAUUCAUGAUUCCGAUGUUAAAUAUCAACUUAUGUUUCAUUA